AUGCGUGAAAUCCCUGCUUUCUCCUCCACAGUGUGCAAAAUCCGUAGUCUCCGCUCCACCGUGCGAUUCUGUGUCGUCGUGGAGUGGACCAUCCAUGCUGAUGGUGGUGUUGCCGACGAUGAUGCUCUUGAUGAGUAUGAGAUGCUCACUAAGGUAACUGAUACAUCAGCUGCACAAGCAAGGAAGGAAAAAGUCAUUCAGGGUAUUCAGUGGGAUAGAUUGAACAUAUCAAGAGAUAGUUACAGAGUUACAAGGCUUGAACAAUAUAAGAAUUAUGAGAAUAUUCCUGCUUCUGGGGAUGCUGUAAAUGAGGAUUGCAAAAGUUCUGUGAAGGGUGGAAAAUAUGACUUUUUCUAUAAUACAAGAAUGGUUAAACCUACCAUCCUUCAUUUUCAGUACUUGUUUGGCAGUCUUGUCUUGUACAGCUGCAUUUCUUCAUAUGUCUUGUCUACUGCCUUCUUUGUCUCGCCACCGGCUCCCAUCCAGCGCCGCUGCGACCAUCUUCUUCUCCUCCUUACAACUCUGCACUAUGGCUCUCUAGCUCGCCCCUGCCUCCCUCAUUUUCAGUCGCAGAAUCAGAACAGAGUCACUCCAGUUCCAGCGAGUUCAGACGCAGCAGCGGCUAGUCACUGCUAUUGCAUCCCUCUCUCCUAUGCUCUUGCUCUGUUCUUCGACUCAGGUUGCAAUCCAAGAGACCUACGGAACCUUGGAGGCUAUUGAAGGGUAAGAGCAACAACAACAAGGUGGAUGUUGACUUUGGUUGUGGUUUGGUUGGGAGAAUUCUCCAACUCAAAAGCAACAAUAGGUUGAGAAAAUCAUCAGUUCAUUCACUACCCUUGAAAGCAAGCAACAACAAAGGACAACAGAGAGAUCAUAAGGUGGAAAACGAAUCCAACAAGCCUCAAAUUCAUGAAUCAAAGACUCCAAGUCCAAGAAACAAAUUCACUGAGACCUUUCACACAUUGAAUGAUGAUAAUAAACAAGCUAGAAAGAGCACCUCUGCCUACCGAAACAGCCAGAAUUGAAGACCUUCAGAUGCUGCAAGAAGCUCAACAUUAUCAUCAUCUGGUAACUCGGAGAAGCAACACAGAGAAGCCAUUGGUAAUUCUCUGUAACUUGCUAGGAUCAACACUAAUAGUCACCACCAAAAAGAAAACUUGAGUAGGUCCCCAGUCAAAGAUUUUAGUCCCUUAAAACUCACUGGAAACUUGAUAGUUAACAAUAGCCCAAGAACCAGUGUAUCCAAGAGCAUGGAAAGUACUCCCAAGAGUAAAGAGUUAAACCCCAUGUCAAGUUCUUAUUAUAACAAUGCAAGCAGAGGAGGACUAAUGGAGAAUAUAAUGAGAAGGAACAAUGAUGAGUUUGCAGCUCAGUUUCGGAGUCUAAGGAAUAAUAAUGGAGUAGACCCUGAGUUGUUGAAGGGAAUGGGAAAUGAAGCAUACAAGCAGGGAAGGUUUGAAGAGGCUUUGACCUUGUAUGACAGAGCAAUUGCUAUUGACUCCAACAAGGCUACAUAUCAUUGUAAUAAGAGUGCAGCUUUGAUCGCAUUGGGACGGCUUCUUGAAGCGAUCAUGGAGUGUGAGGAAGCUAUCAAGUUAGACCCUUCUUAUGGCAGAGCUCACAACCAUUUGGCAACAAUAUAUUUCAGGCUUGGAGAAGCAGAAAAGGCACUAACUUGUAAUCAAGCAGCUUCAGAUGAUGAUUCGGUUGUUGCUUUUCAAGCUCAGGCUCUUAAAGGCCACCUUAACAAAUGCACUGAAGCUAGAAAAGUCAAAGAUUGGAAAACUAUAAUAAAGGAAACACAGUCCGUAAUAUCAUUAGGAGCCAAUUUAGCUCCAAAGAUAUAUGCUUUACAAACUGAAGCCUUAUUGAAGCUCCUAAGACAUCAAGAGGCACAUGCCACUUAUGCAGAUUAUUGACUCAAUAAUAUCGCAUGGUUGAAUUCCAUAGAAGAACAGAGUGAAAAAUAGAAUCCUAGGAUUGGACUUAUUUUUAUUUGAAGCAAACAUUUUUUUAAAUUUGAUUAUGCAAUUUUUAGCAAGAGAUUUACUAUGUUGAUAUUUUUAUAAAGAUAUUAUUUUAUUUUUCAGUUAA